GGCUUUUAUUUUGGAAUGAGCGAGCAGAAGUGGAGUAAUUCACGGUAUCCGCCUUCACAUCGGCCCGGAGGAUGCGCACAUUAUCAGUGUAAAGGGAGGAGGUUUGGAGCAGCACGGACCGUCGUUGUUCAACAGCAUUUCUCCGCCAGGAACAGUCCAACUACCCCGAAGGCUUCAUUUCACUGCUGCAGUGUUUUUUUCUGCCUCAAAUCUGAGUUCAGGAGUUUAUCAGACCUAAACUGGCUGUCUCACAGCCCCCCCGCCAGUAAGUUUUGCACUGUGAAUGACCUGCUGCUGAUGCCCCAAAGGUCUGAAUGGAGUUCCAGUCGCCAAAACACCAACAGUUGUAGCUCCCUCAGCAGGAUGCUGAUGAGACCAAGAUUACUUCUGUUUCUGGCUUUAUUCGCCCAAUUUUUAAGGACCCAGUGCCGGCCUGCCAACCCUGAUGAAGCGGAAACACAAGCUGAGCUGUUCACGCUCUAUCUCGGGGAUCGUCUGGAUCUGAGCUGCUCUGCCAGGGACUCCCACGAUGCUGUUAACUGGACCAAAGACCAAGUGACAGUAGUGGAUGGAGAACACACACGCAUUCGCAAUGGCCAGAUGGAGAUCGAGGCUGUGGAGUUGACAGACUCUGGUCUGUACGCCUGCACCACGUUUGGUAACCACAGUGUUUUCUUCAAUGUCACAGUAGUUGAUGCCCUGGCCUCAUCUGAAGAUGAUGAUGAGGAUGAAGAGUCGUCCUCAGAAGAACAGUUGGGUAGUCAAAAACAGCUGCCAAUGCCUCCAGAGUGGGCUCAUCCAGAAAAAAUGGAGAAGAAGCUUCACGCUGUCCCAGCCAGUAAAACUGUGAAGUUUAGAUGCCAGGCAAAUGGAAACCCAACUCCCACUCUGAAGUGGUACAAGAAUGGCAAGGAGUUCAAGAGAGACCAUCGCAUUGGAGGCUUCAAGGUCCGCGACCAUGUGUGGACCAUCAUCAUGGAAUCUGUAGUACCCUCUGACAAGGGAAACUAUACCUGUGUGGUGGAAAACCAGUACGGCAGCAUCAAUCACACUUACCAGCUAGAUGUUGUUGAGCGCUCUCCCCACAGGCCAAUCCUGCAGGCUGGCCUUCCAGCUAAUCGCACUGCAGUGGUGGGCAGUGACGUUGAGUUUGAAUGCAAAGUGUUCAGUGACCCUCAGCCUCAUAUCCAGUGGUUGAAGCACAUCGAGGUCAAUGGGAGCCGAGUUGGUCCUGAUGGGUUACCGUAUGUCCGUGUCCUCAAGCAUUCUGGGGUCAAUAGCUCGGAUGCUCAGGUGCUGACCCUCUACAAUGUGACUGAGGAGGAGAGCGGGGAGUAUAUAUGUAAAGUGUCCAAUUAUAUAGGAGAAGCAAAUCAGUCGGCCUGGCUGACUGUCACCAGAUAUGGGUCCACAGCUGUCCCACACUAUCCUCCAGCCAACCACACUUACCUUGAGGUUGUCAUCUACUGCGUGGGUUUCUUCUUCAUUGCUGUCAUGAUUGCUAUCGCAAUUAUCGUCAAGAUUCGCAGCUCCUCAAAGAAGAGUGACUUCAACAGUCAGCUGGCCGUCCACAAGCUGGCCAAAAGCAUCCCCCUGCGCAGACAGGUAACAGUGUCUGUGGACUCUAGCUCCUCCAUCCACUCUGGAGUGAUGCUGGUUCGUCCUGCCCGGCUCUCUUCCAGUGGCUCUCCAAUGCUUUCAGGGGUGUCUGAGUAUGAGCUGCCCCAGGAUCCCCGCUGGGAGCUGCCGAGGGACAGACUUGUUCUUGGGAAGCCGCUGGGUGAAGGCUGCUUCGGCCAGGUAGUGAUGGGUGAGGCACUGGGUCUCGACAAAGAGAAGCCAAACCGAAUCACCAAGGUUGCAGUCAAAAUGCUGAAAUCUGACGCCACAGAGAAAGACCUGUCAGACCUGAUCUCAGAGAUGGAGAUGAUGAAGAUCAUCGGGAAGCACAAGAAUAUCAUAAAUCUGCUGGGAGCCUGCACACAGGAUGGUCCUCUGUAUGUGAUAGUAGAGUAUGCAUCCAAAGGCAACUUGAGGGAGUACUUGCGAGCUCGACGGCCACCAGGCAUGGAGUACUGCUACAACCCAGACCAGGUGCCUGUGGAAAACAUGUCCAUCAAAGACCUGGUGUCCUGUGCUUACCAGGUGGCCCGGGGGAUGGAGUAUUUAUCCUCCAAAAAGUGCAUCCACAGAGAUCUUGCUGCCCGCAAUGUUUUGGUAACAGAGGACAGUGUGAUGAAAAUAGCUGACUUUGGCCUUGCAAGAGAUAUUCACCACAUUGAUUACUAUAAGAAGACCACAAAUGGUCGUUUACCAGUCAAGUGGAUGGCUCCCGAGGCUCUGUUUGACCGGAUAUACACACACCAAAGUGAUGUCUGGUCAUUUGGGGUACUGCUGUGGGAGAUCUUCACACUGGGAGGCUCUCCAUAUCCCGGGGUCCCUGUUGAAGAGCUGUUCAAGCUGCUGAAGGAAGGUCACCGCAUGGACAAGCCCUCAACGUGCACUCAUGAGCUGUAUAUGAUGAUGAGGGACUGCUGGCAUGCUGUGCCCUCUCAGAGACCCACAUUCAAACAGCUGGUGGAGGAUUUGGAUCGCUGCCUGGUCAUGUCAUCCAACCAGGAGUAUUUGGAGCUGUCAGUGCCUCUUGACCAGUACUCCCCGAGCUACCCAGACACCCGCAGCUCAACCUGCUCCUCCGGCGAGGACUCGGUCUUCUCCCACGAUGCUGGAGCCGAGGAGCCCUGCCUGCCAAAGUUCCCUCCCCACUCCAAUGGAGCAGCCAUUAAGAAACGCUGAUACCUCAAUCUCGUUCACACAAACAUUAAUUUUCCCUCCACUCCUUGCCUCAUGGGGUUGGACUCUUCCCCACAUUCCCAGAGAUGAAGCUAAUAAACACUGGUGCUCUGUGAGAAAGGAGCUCGGAGGACACCUCAGAGAACUAGUCGGAUCACGUAGACUGAAAGGUGCAGCCGUGUUCCAGUUCUCGUGGUGAUGAUGUUUAUGGGGCACUUUGUCAAAACGUGAGUAGCAGACUCCAGCAGACUCCCACUCUUCUCUCCACUUUGGGCAUUCCACGGGUCAGGGGAACCAAACGGACUGACUGUCAGGUUUUUGUUUCUUAUGUUGCUGUUUUUCCUUCCUGUCAGUAGAGAAGAAUGACUUUUUACCUUUCAGACCAAAUCCAGAGAAUAAAAGCAACCAUGGGACAUGCAGCAUCAUUCACUCUCUUCUUGUAAAUACAGUUAGAAAAAUUAUAAAUAUGAAUAUAUAUUUACAUUGUACUCUUAUUUUUAUUACCAUAACUGGUUUAUUUUCUUUUGUACAAGUUGUGUUUGAUCUGUUUUUUAAUAUAGUCUGUAGCGGCAGUUGUUACAUGAGAAUUUCCUCAAAUUGCUGAGAAUUACAUCCCCUAAAUUUACUGCAUAAUCACCAAUCGAAAAUAUAUAUAUUGGGUUUCUAUUUUUUAACCUUAAAUGCUUCUCAUGAAACAACCUGCAAUACAGUAACAGUUUUUGGGGAAGAAAUAUUCUCAUGAAAGAGUGUGUGUGUGUGUGUGUGUGUGUGUGUGUGUGUGUGUGUGUGUGUGUGCGCGCGCGCGCGCGCGUGUGUGUGUGUGUGUGUAAAAUUGUAUGUUGUCUCAUUUAAGAUUAAUUUCCUUCAAGGUUGGUCACAACUUUAAAUAUUUGUGGUUGUACACCGUGCUUAUUAAAAUGAUCUGCUUCGGUCAACAUCAUGCACUUCCACUGUGCAUGCCUUGUGAUGAACUUAUCUUCUACUGUAAAUGCUUCAACAGGAGUUACAUUUGCUGCCACAUAACUUCUGAUUUAAGGGUUGCAGAACAUGUAUGUCAUCGUUAAAGGAUUACAUUAAAUAAAAAUGCUAUUGAAAACAAA